AAUGAAUCCCGUCGGGGUUGGCGUCCACCAUGUUGGGAGGAAGAGGCGGCGGCGCUGAGGUGGGAGGGGAGCGGCCAAGGCUGCGGGAGCGCGCCUGCGCGUGCCCGGCCGCCAGACCCGCCGAUCGGCCGGCGAGCCCUCCCUAUAAACCAGGCGCAGGGUCUGGGAUUGACUCAGGAAGAGGCGGGCGGGGAGGACUCUGGACUCCCAACUCAGUGCGCUCCAGCUUUCUCUUUCUCCUCCUGCCGUUCGCUUCGGAAGUUGGAGGAAACUUCCACGGGGUGGGCAAAGCCCGAGACCUGAAGGGAGGCAGAAGAAUUCGGGCCGACCCUCCGCCCUAAAAAAGUUUUUUUUUAAUUUUGGAGGGGGACUACAGAGGGGGCGAAGGACCUGGAGAGGGUGGCGACCCCCAAGCGGGACUGAGAGAGGGAAGGAAAGCUUAAUGGGGGUAUUACCUUGGAAGAAAAAGCAUGGAAACUUUGCCUGCUCAUUUAUUACAAUUCUCCAUCUCUCCUGAAUGAUUUGGAAGACAAGUCUAUACAUUCAGAACAUAUCUUUCACUUUGACUGCUGGAUUAGUACUAUGCCCAGCAGAAUGGGAUCAAAAAUGAAUAUGAAGAAAGACUUCAUCAGAGUAAAAACUCAUUAUAAUGGGGAUAUCCUUAUUACAAAUCUGGGUGCAUCCAUCAGCUAUGGUGAACUUUGUGAUGAAGUGAGAGAGAUGUGCAAUUUACAACAGGAUCAACCAAUUACCCUUAAGUGGAUUGAUAAUGAAGGCGAUCCUUGUACCAUUUCAUCUCAGAUGGAACUGGAAGAAGCAUUCCGCUUGUACUGUCAGCAUAGAGAAGAAAGGCUCAUUAUUCAUGUUUUCCCCAGCAUUCCAGAAAAACCAGGCAUGCCAUGUCCAGGAGAAGACCAAUCAAUCUACCGACGAGGAGCCAGAAGAUGGAGGAAGCUGUACAGAGUGAAUGGGCAUCUGUUCCAAGCCAAACGCUUUAACAGAAGAGCAUACUGUGGCCAGUGCAGUGAAAGGAUAUGGGGUCUCGGAAGGCAAGGCUACAAGUGUAUCAACUGCAAGUUGUUGGUCCAUAAACGCUGUCACAUUCUUGUCCCACUGACCUGCAAAAGGCAUAUGGAUUCUGUGAUGCCUUCCCAGGAACCUCAGUUAGAUGAUAAGAAUGAUGAAGUUGACAUUCCCACAGAAGAGAGCGAUGGAAUACCUUAUAUUCCUUCAGCCCGAAAGCAUGACAAUAUUAAAGAUGAUUCUGAGGAGCUCAAGCCAGUCAUUGAUGGAAUGGAUGGAAUUAAGAUCUCUCAGGGGCUUGGUCUACAGGACUUUGAUCUAAUCAGAGUUAUUGGACGAGGAAGCUACGCCAAAGUUCUUUUAGUGCGGUUAAAAAAGAAUGAUCAAAUUUAUGCAAUGAAAGUAGUGAAGAAAGAAUUAGUCCAUGAUGACGAGGAUAUUGAUUGGGUGCAGACAGAAAAGCAUGUGUUUGAACAGGCAUCCAGUAACCCGUUCCUAGUCGGCUUGCAUUCCUGCUUUCAGACGACAAGUCGGUUGUUUCUUGUUAUAGAAUACGUGAAUGGGGGCGACCUCAUGUUUCAUAUGCAACGGCAAAGAAAACUCCCAGAAGAACAUGCCAGGUUUUAUGCUGCUGAAAUCUGUAUUGCUCUUAACUUCCUACACGAGAGGGGCAUAAUCUACAGAGAUUUAAAACUAGACAAUGUUCUCCUGGAUGCAGAGGGUCAUAUCAAGUUGACAGACUACGGUAUGUGCAAGGAAGGAUUGGGCCCUGGUGACACUACAAGCACUUUCUGUGGAACACCAAAUUACAUUGCCCCAGAGAUUCUACGAGGAGAAGAGUAUGGGUUCAGUGUGGACUGGUGGGCACUUGGUGUCCUAAUGUUUGAAAUGAUGGCAGGAAGAUCUCCCUUUGAUAUUAUUACUGACAAUCCAGAUAUGAAUACUGAAGAUUACCUCUUCCAAGUUAUCCUUGAAAAACCAAUCCGUAUUCCAAGGUUCCUUUCUGUGAAGGCGUCUCAUGUCUUGAAAGGAUUUUUAAAUAAGGAUCCCAAAGAAAGGCUUGGAUGCCAACUACAAACUGGAUUUUCUGAUAUCAAGUCUCACACAUUCUUUCGCAGCAUAGACUGGGAUCUGCUGGAAAAGAAGCAGGCAACCCCUCCAUUUCAGCCACAGAUCACAGAUUACGGUUUGGAUAACUUCGAUACCCAGUUCACCAGCGAACCCGUGCAGCUAACUCCAGAUGAUGAAGAUGUAAUAAAAAGAAUAGACCAGUCGGAGUUUGAAGGAUUUGAAUAUAUUAAUCCAUUGUUGCUGUCAACUGAGGAAACGGUAUGAGAGAAUGGCAUCGACACAGAGGACAAAUAAUGUGAAUGAACUUUGACAUUAAUCCUUAACAACAGUAUAUGCAUGUAAGGCUGGGGUAAACGGUAAGGUUCUGAGUGGAGACCAAUGAUAAUUGCUGCUGAAAACAAACAAACAUGAGUUUAGUAGGUGUCUUCCUCUAUUUUUUAAAAAAAGAAGUUUGGGACACUGACAGAGCUGGCUUCACAAAGAAAUCUGCAUUUCGUGCCUGCUUUAUCAAGGAUCAAUAGUUGAUUGCAUCCUUGGAAGAGAGAGAUUCCAAACCACUUUCAAAGAUGCACAUUUUUGAUGGACAUUUUCAUGCAAUGAGCUACUAGAACAGUGUAACAUCUGAAGAAUAAAAUUGUUAGUGGUGUUGAAGCUUACUUUAGAUGCCUUUUUCACAAGUGGUACCUAUCUUAAAUGUCUGUUUUAUAUAUUUAUAUAUAUAUAUAUAUAUAUGUAUAUAUAUAUAUAUGUAUAUAUAAUACAUAUAUGAAAUAAUAAGGAGUUGUGUUUUAUUAGCAAUUAAACAAGUUUGGGUACAAUAUUAAGUGCCUAACUGGAUAAACAACAUAAAAAUAUUCUGUAUUUGGAACACUGGAUAAACCCUGAUAAGUUCUGGUUUUUUUUUAAAAAAAGUAGUAUUUUACACAUGGAACAUACAAUUAACAGCUGCUAUGUAAUAUUAACUUGUAUCUUCACAGAACUUUUAAAUGAGACAUAGGUCUCAGCAAUAACAAUUCCAAAUUAGAAUCAAUUAAAAUAUCUGGAUUACGCUUAAUGUGGGAGAAAACAAAAAUUUCCAAAAUCUCAUUAGGCAAUUUAAAUUUGCACAUGGUGGAUUUCUGAAAAUACUUGAGCAGUGCCUACAAUGUCUUGUGUUGUAUACCAGAUUUUUGAAUAAUAUUUUUAUCAAUGCAAUAUUCAAAAGGAACAAUGGAAGUGUAAUAGAUCAUAGCCUUAAAGUUAAAAAAAAAAUCUAGGAUAUCCAUCAACAUAUUGCAUUUUUUUUCUGAUAAAGCACACCUCCUACUUAAAACCUGUCUGCUUUGAAAUGUUCAGUGUCCUAUCAUUGACUAGUUCUACAGGAGGAUGCUUAGUAAACACAACACUCAAAGCAGUAAUAUAGUGAUGGAGAAAAUGUAUAAAUAUUGUAUGACUAUAAUAUAUGUCCAUAUUUCCUCUUUUGAAAAUGGGGGGGAUGUUGCAUCAGGUUAAUUGUUUGUCAGCUUCGGGAAUAAAAAUGUGUCAGUUCAUUUGAGGACAAACGUGCACAUUGCUGUCUAAAACCAUUCAAAAUUAUUGGCUUCUUUAUGGGUGACACCAAGAGGCCAUAUUUCAUUUUUUAAAGUAGGUCUUUGUUACAACUCAAUUGACUAGCUUGCAGUUCUGGGGAAGGAAAAUCAGUAGGAAGGAGAGAAACCCUGUGUGCCAUGGUAUCUCACCCAAUUUGGUAUGAAAUGCAAGGUGACUUGCAGCCAUUUUCACAUUAUUUUAUUGUAUAGGUUUCUCAGGGUACAGCAUUACAUUAGGUGCUGAACAUGACAUCUCAGUUGCAUUCAAGUCCAUGAGGUGCUAGGAUAAGACUGCCAAAUCAUGGUAUUUGAAAAAAAAUCUUUCAAAGAACCAUCAGUUAAAACUAUAUUUUGUAUGUCCCUUACCUUGGCCACUGAAUGAAUGCACAUCUGUGAUAAUUCAAUUCUAUUAGCCCCAUCCAGAGUUGUUGAAGGUUGCUCUCUGGACUGUAUCUUUUUUUUGUAUUAAGCAACAUCUGUUCUAAGCAGCACUAAGUCAUUCAGUUAGACGUACUUUCCUCGAACGCUUGGGAUUUAGAUAACCAAGUCAUACCUAGCUAAGAGAGAAUCCUGCUUUCUUUUUAAUUGGAUCAUGAAAAAGUUUUGAAUGCCAUUUCUUCUUCUUCUCGGUGAACCCUGACUGGUUUGUGUCUCUGUAUCUUGGAUUCUCAGUGUACCCUAAACGUUUGUGUCUCUGUAUCUUGGGAUUUACAACUGAGCAGCUGGUAUUGCAUGGUGAAAUGACCUACGGAUGUCUGGUUCUGGUGCAAAAGGGGUUAGGCAAAACACUGAGGGUUCUUUGCCCUGAACUUCUGUGAUAUCAGAACAUUAGAGUAGGGUGAGUAGGGAGGAUACACACACUUGCUCAAGACAAAAACAAGUCCUUGAUUUAUUUACAAUUGAAGACAUUUACAAUGUUGCUGUAUUGCCAAAUAAGUUGCUGGUUACAAGUCAGUUGCUCACGCGCAAGUCUAUGACUAAUGUUCUGUUCAUGAUGAAGGGGAAAUUUUUUAUAUAAAGUACUUGUUUUAUAAAUUAAAGAAAAAAUGAAGGAUGUAAUUAAAUGUGUGGUUUAAAAAAUCCUAAUAUAUUGCAAAUGGAUCUGGUAAUGAUAUAAUUGUCUUAGUAUGUAAAUGAAAUGUAAAUGAAAACACUCUAGCUAAUUUAAUGAUUGUAAAACAGUAAAUAUGUUCUUGUAGUUUUGUAUAAUUAACUAGUUGAGAUCUUUGGCCAGUUUUAUUUGUGCAAAAGAUGGUAUACUAACCCGUAAACAGCUAAGAUCAUUUAUAUUCUUGCACAUCUAUUAAAGACUUUAAUGAAAAA